GCAUUCGCCCGGCAAUCGUGCCAAGAAAAGGUUGCACAACCCUGCGAGUUUUGGUUGGUGACAGCGUAAAAAUGGCACUCAAAAACAUGUCAUUCGAUCCGUGAAAAAUACGCAUUUUCUCCCUCAAAUCAUUGUGCAAGUGCGAAGAAAAUCUCUGUGGAAAUGCAGUGAAAGUGCCAAGGUGGAUUGUUUAGGUGGAAAUUGUGUAAAACCUUGCCAUCUGUUUAGUUUUACGUUGAGAGUGCUUUGAGGCCCUGAGGGCAGUUUUCUGUGGGUGUUUUUUUUUGUCUGACCAGAGUGGCCACGACAAGUGACUUCCAGAGUGGAUGAUUAAUGUGAUAAGAAGGCUAUUUGGCCAGUGAAAAGGUGUUUUUUUUUAUCAGAGUUUGAGAAUGGCAGGAAGGGGAUGGUGGCAUUUGACCUUUGCAGUGUUUGUGGGAGUUUUGCUGGUCAAUCAGUGCUCCUCCCUCGUUGUUAGUGAUGAGAACUGUCCACAGAUUCUCAAUUUCGUCUUCAAGGGUUACACGCCAAUCGGGCUCAAGGCGGGAAACUUCAGUGAGCAUUUGGGCGAGAAAACCUUGGAUUCGUGUGUCCAAGCAUGUUGUGAUCAUGGGGCAGGAUGCAAUAGUGCUUUUAUGUUCAAUGGGACAUGCUACCAUGUCAAAUGCGCCAGUGAUCAGCUGUGUCUGCCACUGAGACGCUACCCUAAUAACACCAAGCUCUACAUGGUUCUGGUGAAUCCUGUGAGUGAUGAUCAGACAUGGAUGGAUUUGCUGAAGCAGGCCAAUCCUCAGGAAUUUCAAUUUCCUGCCGAUGUCAUUGACGAUGCCAAGGUGCAUCCGUACUUUCCGGACAAGUACGAACUUGUCGAUAGUAUCUUCAACAAUGCGUAUGGGGAUGAUGGAGGGAGUUAUGGGCUAGAGAGGUAUAUGGGGGAUGAGUCCCAGAUGGACAAGGUUAAAGUGGCAAUUUGUGAAGUUGGAGUGGACAGUCUCUGUGCGAAGAAUGAACGUUGUCGGGUGGUUUCUCCAAAAUCCAGGCAAGGAUUCUGCGAUUGCCUAGAGAAUUUCGAGAGGAAUGAGGAUGGGCAUUGUAUUCCAAUGAGGGUGGCUGCUGACAGGCAGUACUACGACAAAUACUGGAAUAUCAUGAAUACUGAGGCUGGGAAGGUCACUUCUGCUGGACCAAGUGCUCCAAAUGCAAAGCCUGUUACCUCUGAGGAUACUACAGAUGGCACUACAAAGCAAAUCACAGUGUCUGUAGUGUCGAAGGAUGUGAGGCUGCCAGAGAAGGAAGUAACUCUGUCUGCCUUUACCAUUCCCGAUGAACAAUCCAGUGGGGACAAAUACAAGUACCUCUGGACUCUGGUUUCCCGCCCAAGUGGCGAUGACAAUGGCACGAUAACUGAUCAGACAAAGGACAAAGUGAAGCUAUCGAAUCUGUCCACAGGACUCUAUCAGUUCAAGGUCACAGUCACGGGGAAUGCAUCCUAUGGGGAAGCCUAUGCAAAUGUCACAGUUCUCCCGGCUAAGAGGAUCAAUAAGGCUCCCGUGGUGGUAAUAACACCCAUUCAGCAGACAGUCAAACUGCCAAAUAGUGGAGCAAUCCUAGAUGGCAGCACAAGCAAAGACGAUGAUGCUAUAGUUUCUUGGCAUUGGGACUUGGUUGAGGGCCCUAUUGGGUAUCAGCCCAAACUUCCGGAUACAGCAACUCUUCAGCUGACUGAUCUCACUGCCCCUGGGAAUUAUACCUUCAAGCUGACGGUCAGUGACUCCAAUGGUGUUCAGAAUUUCACCACAGCCAACAUAACCGUUCUCAAGGGGAUUGAUUAUCCGCCAGAAGCAAAUGCAGGCCCUGACGUCAUCCUCUAUCUCCCCCAUAACAAUAUCACACUCAACGGUUCCCUCAGUACCGAUGACCGUGAAAUUGUGGCAUGGGAAUGGACCAAAGAUUCAACAGAUGAAUCCAAAGCCGUGGAUAUGCAGAACACCCGUACGCCCUUCCUGCAGCUCUCAAAUCUCGAAGAGGGCAUCUACAAAUUCGUCCUCAAGGUCACCGAUGCAAGUGGCCAGAGUAGUUCGGCAACAGUUCAUGUCUUCGUGAAACCUCCCACAAAUCUUCCGCCCAUUGCAAAUGCCGGGAAGAACAUCACAAUCAAUCUCCCACAGAACUGGGCCGUCCUCAAUGCCUCAGAAUCCACGGAUGACGUCAAGAUCUCUUCGUACAGUUGGAAACAGAUUUCGGGGCCCUCAACAGCCUCCAUUGUUAAUGCAAAUGCAACGAUUGCCAAUGCGACUGUCCUGACUCUCGGAUCCUACGUGUUUGAGGUGACGAUUGUGGAUGAGAAUGGAAAUAAUGCCACUGACCAGGUGACUGUGAAGGUGAUCCAGGAGAAAAAUAGUGCUCCUGUAGCCAAUGGAGGUGGAGAUCAGAACUUGGUUCUACCACAAACUGUUCUAGUGCUCAAUGGGAGCAAGUCAACGGAUGAUUUGGGAAUUGUCAACUAUACGUGGAACCGGGAAGGUUCAAGUGUGGCUGUGGGAACAAUAAUUGGGAAUACAGAUCAUGAGCCGGUGUUGAUGGUGACAGAUCUCGUGGCAGGACGCUAUGUGUUCCGCCUGACAGUUACUGAUGAACAGGGAUUGUCCUCCAGUGAUACGGUUAGUGUUAUUGUCAGACCGGAUCCACUUCUGCUGAAUCUCGUGGAAGUCACUCUGCUAACAGAGGCCACGGUCUUGACGGAGAAUGAGUUGACAACAAUCCGGCAGAAGCUGGAACUUCUUCUGGGUGACAAUAGAAAGUUGCAUGUCAAGGAGUUGAAGAAGGAACAAAAAACAGGGCAGGCUAUUAUGACAUUCUUCGUGGAGAAUACUGAAAAUCGCGAAGGGAAGGUGAGUAUUGUUCCUGGACUGGAAGUUGAGAAGAUUCUCAAGGAGAAAUUCUGGCGAGAUGCCAGUAUUUUGGGAGAUUCCUUGUCUGACAUUCGCACGUCCGUGUGCCAAAAUCCCUGCUCUGACCAUGGAGUCUGCAAUACAGAAACACGAUCUUGCACCUGUGAGACCUUCUGGAUGCCAGAUGUCUUUUACUUCUGGGGCAUCAGCGAUGCCAAUUGUGAUUGGUCAAUUUUGUACGUGAUCAUUGGCAUCUUUGUGCUCUUCUUGAUCCUCUCGGGUAUUUGCUGGGGCAUCACUUGCAUGUGCCGAAAGACAAGAAGUCAUUCGAGAACCAGGAAUAAACCUACAAAGUAUUCCCUUCUGGGAACACACGAUGACGAAUUGCCUCCAUCCCGCCGUGGAACUGUUCUUUCUGAAACAGAUACAGAUUCUGAUGUCCUCUUCGAGACGCGAUCCAAGCAGAAUGGUUCAGCUCGUGUCAAUGGAGAUGCCAGAAAUUCCUCAAACAAGUAUUCGGUUACGCGAUUGGGCAGGAGGGUUAAGACAUAAGGUGAUUUUGCUAAAGAGGUAAUUUUAAAAACAAAUUCUAUCUAAAAUAUUUGUCCCAAAGUGAGAAAAAAAAUGCUUCAAAUUCUUGAUUCCGGUUCAAUGUUGUGAAACAUUAAGUGAGAAAUUUCUUCUCAUUCAAAUUGGCCUUAACAUCGAAGAAUUGUGGCAUUUUGCUGCUUUCUUCCUAUCUCAAUUGAAAAGACAUUUUAUUAAUUGCGCUUGGAUGGAUUCAAGUGAAUUAUGGGAAAAUUUCACCCCCGGAAAGGAGUUUGGUUGAAGAGAUAAAAGAGAAAAGUGACAAAAAACGUUGGCUGUAGAUGAAUUAAAAACGAAACGAUUUAGAAUAUUCUAUUUAGUGGGAAUAAAAUUAAAUGAAUUUUCA